CCAUGUACGUGAGCUCGCUCUUGGAGAAGGAAGGCAGCAUGUACCCAGGACCCGGCAGGGCCAGCAACACCCUGCCCGUGCAGAACUUCGUGUCUGCUCCAGCCUACUCCGAGUACAUGGGAUACCACCCUGUGCCAGCCCUGGACAGCCACGGGCAGCCGGCCUGGGGCUCCCACUACGGCCCCCAGCGCGAGGACUGGAGCGCCUACGGCCCAGGCCCUUCCAGCGCCGGGCCCGCUGCCCACAUCAAUGGCUCGUCCCCUGGCCAGGGCUCCUACAGCUCUGCUGACUACAGCUCCCUGCACCCCGCUGCUGCUGCGGCCUUACCUCCUGUAGAUACAAUCAAUGCCCAGCAAAUGUCUCCCAACAGCCAAAGGCACAGCUCUUAUGAGUGGAUGAGGAAAACGGUGCAAACCAACACUGCUGGUAAAACAAGAACAAAAGAAAAGUACCGGGUUGUUUACACAGAUCACCAGAGACUGGAAUUAGAGAAGGAAUUUCACUGCAACAGAUACAUCACAAUCAGGAGGAAGUCAGAACUCGCGGCAAACCUGGGCCUCUCCGAAAGACAGGUGAAAAUCUGGUUCCAGAAUCGCCGAGCAAAAGAGAGAAAAAUGAUCAAGAAGAAAAUCUCGCAGUUUGACGGCAGCGGGGGCUCAGCUCAGAGCGACUCUGGCUCACUCAGUCCAAACGAACUGUCAAAUUCUCUGUUCCCACCACCACAUGCAAUCAAUGGAUUACAGCCUAAUGACAUUCAUCAAGUCAUAGUUUCAGAAUGAACAGAGGGGAAAAACCAAAACAGGAAAAAAGAAAAAGCAAGAAUGGAUUUCACCACCACUGCCACCCCCCACCUUGGAAACUCAGCUUCCCAAGGGACCAUUUUCAUUUAUCUGCCUUCAGAGUGCUGAUUUCUAAGCAGGAAAUCUGAGCCUAUAACCAAACUAUUUUAAUUAUUGCAAAAAUCUCAGGGACUUUGUGCUGCUAAGAUUCAUCUCUCAGUAUCUUUGCUAGCAGGUAAUUUGCUUCAGACACUGCCACAAAGAAUGAUACAGCUGGAGAUUCAGUACAGGUAGUUCUAGUCUGAUCAUCCAUAUACACAGCAAACUAAGAGAACUGAUUAUAAAAUAGAGUUCUAUUGCAGAAAAUAUAACCAUCUGGGUGUGUUGGGUUUGU